AUGGAAGUCCGCGUUAUCUGCGACUGUACGGACUGCAGCAGCAGGCUGGUGGAGAUAGGAGGCGUCAAUGUACUCUGUAACCUGCCCACACGCCUGCUAAAGCAGUGCAAGAGGGAACUCAAGCAAUCAUACUUCUGCCACAGCAAGGGCUACCACAACCAAGAACUUUACGCAAAGCUGCUUUGUUUGAACAUCCACAUCAUCGUCGUAACAACGCCGCGUGGUCUGGAUGGGCUGGACACGCUGCGCAAGUUCUACGACCUCAGCUCGACCCAUAUCGUAUGCACCAGGCCGGUAUACACCAUAGCCAGCCUCGCAGCGCCCAGAACCGUCGACGACAGUCCUAUAGCAGCCAUAGCCACGGAUGUUAAGAAUGUCCAACAAAACUAUCGCAACACUAGGGCGUCCGUCCAGGGGAGGAACGGAGGGCUCGACUACCAGGAGACACCGAGGUCCGCACUACGAGAAAUGUACUAUGAUGACGACGAGGAUGAUUAUGAGGAAUACGUGCAACCAUACGAAGGAUAUAAUGGUGUUGAGGGAGAAAAUCGCACGUGGCUCACACUGGAAUCGGUUGGACAUAUGCUGCCGAUCAAUGGCGGGAGGGGCGACGACAACACGCGAAGGGUGGAUCAGAUUAUGCGGCACGGGGUGCCGGAAACUCAAACGUCACGCCUUAAUUCGCAAGAGGCAAAGGAUGCUUUGGCUUAUUCAGUGAGGAAGGCGCUCAUAAGGGAAAAGAUACAGGUGUUGGCGUCGGCCAGCACCAAGGGGAUGGACAGGCCGACGCCACUGGAGGCAUGGUUCAACACACCCAGCAGCCACAGCGGACAUAUGCCAUUCGGUGAACAAAAUACGCAAGAAGAGCGUUUCAACGGUAGAGGUGGCAGGUACAAUGACGUUGUGGAACAACCCAUGCUGAAGGACCCUAAUCUGCCAAACACACAGUUGUUACACGCGGUCUCCUACAAUGAGAUAGUCACUAUUGUAAUCGAUGGCGCCUCGGUUUAUAAGAGAAACAGGAGAGGCGACAGAAGCCGCAGCAUGGAAGCUUUCUUUGACAGGAGUCGGCUCAUUUUUAAGGCCACCAUCGAGCUGUGCGCCUUCAGCAGCGGAUUCUCACUCGGGUCCAGCAACUGGACGAUUACCCACGCAGAAACAUUCACUCGCGUCGGGCUUAUCGGAGAGACUGGAGAAAUUGAGUACAAUAGGUAUUGCAAACCCCCGGAUUUGUCUUUCGUCUACAAGGCCGAUAUGCUGGUGCUGCUGGAUAACGCCGUGGCGGCGCGCAAUUUGCUGCAGCAUUUCAAAAUGGAUCCGCACCUCAGGAGAGAUAUUAAAAGGCAAAGGGAUGACCUGCAGAAUGCACAACUGGAUAACCUAUGCAAACAGGCAUUGGAGGGGUUGCAGAAUGCAGAAGGAGUGGUCAUUGUGGCCGACCCCUAUGGGGAGACAAUAUUGGAUCUGCUGGAACAUCUGGAGUUAUACAUGCAAAAAUACCUAAAGCAUCACGAACGGGUGCUGAUUUAUGCACUGGGAGAGGGUAUGGUGAACAUUCUCAACUACGCUGACAAGUGCGCCGAGUGGGUCGAGCCGCGCAGGGCGGACAGAACUAUGCAUCAUGAGAAUCCAACUUCGCCAUUUACAGUCCUCGCAGAAAUGAGGGAAGGAAAUAGGUUGUUCAUUGGGAACACCACGGAUGAUAUUAGGGACGUAUACAGGUACCCCUCAAUCGUCGUGGCCACGUACGACCAGGCGACCAUACCCUACCUCGCAGGAAGGAUGCACGCGGGCGCCACGAUGAUAGCCACCACUGUACAUUAUAGUGACGAAUUGCUUCACCUGGCGACUGAAAUGGGGAUACAAGCUCGGAUAAUGAACGUCACACUCGACUUCAGAGUGCUGCCGGAGCACCUGGCGCUGAUGCUGGGCACCAAGUGCCAGAUAAUAGUAUCCAAAAAUAUGAAGGGGCGGAUGCCACAUUCUCUCAAGUUGAUACCUGGGGACAAUGUUAGAAUGCCAAUCGCUGGGCCGUCCGGGCUGCUGAGCACCGAUACUAGGGCGGAACAUAUCAGUCGAGCUCUGGCCAGAAUGAGGCCUAUGGUAAGAGGGUCGGGAGCUGUGCCCGUUCACAUCACGGUUGCGGAUGGAGAGUUGCAGCAGGCUACGCCGAUCAACGUGCCUGACGACGAACCCAGGUUCACCUUCGGCACAUUCACUCCAAUGCAACUGAUCGAGAGGCUGAGGAUGUUGGGACUAGGUCAUUGUGAACUACGCAACCCGACAAAUGGAUACCCCAUGGAAAUUAUAGUAGAUGAGGAAUGUUUGAUUAUUCUGGAAUCGCCAUAUGAGACCAGCAUCCACACCGCGUCGCAAGAAAAACGCAGGCUCAUCACGAGGGCCUUGGAGCAGCUAUGCACCGUCCUAUAG